GAUGGAAGUAGAACAAACAGGAAUUAAGCGAUUUUAUUGUUACCAUCGAAAAAUAUAUAUGUAACGGAGGUAGUUUACAUACGUUUGUUAGAGGACGCUUCAAACAAUAUAUCUUUUACAAAUCUUAUGAAUGAUCACUCUCAAGCUUUUCUUUCUCUGAUCUGAUAUAUGUUCAGGAGAAUGGCGUAUGAGUACACCCUUCUACCUAAAGCCAUAUACCGAACUGAACUGAACUGAUAUAUGUUGUUAAAUUCCGUUACACAUAGCAUUCCGUUUGCUAUUCAAAAAUCUAGAAACUUGGAAGAAGUUGCAAUAUUGGUGAGAAAUGAUAACUAACCGUAGACAACCAAUUCGAACUUAUCAAAGAAAAAUUAAAAAAGGACCAUUAAUAGAUAUUUUACCUACACCAACUGUCAUAUUGACUCAACAAUACAGUAUUAAGAAUGAUUAUUUUAAUGACAAUGAAAUUUCUAACGAUUCCAUAACUCAUGAUCCAUUUGAAACUACAUUUGACAGAAUCGCUAAAGGAGCAGUUGUACCUCCUUUACCAUUGAAUGCAAAUCAAAAUGAUUCAUGGAACAGUAGCAGCAGUGACAGUGAUACUAAUAAUGUAACAAAUCUUGUAAAAUCUAGGCAUAUAACUUGCAAUCAGUAUACAUCCAAUGAUAUAUCUGAUUUAACACAUGAAAGUGUUAAAUAUAUUCGUAAGUACAAAAAGCCACAAAAAUAUAAAGUAAAGGUUAGCUCAGAAACGCUGUGUAAGAGGCCAAAAAUAAUAUCAAUAAAAAAUGAGAUACCUUCAAAGAAAAAAAAAAUACAGACACGAAAAAUACAAACAAAUAAUAUGCAAAAACAAAACAUACAAUAUAAACAAAGGAAGUCUAGUCGUAAGUGCAAUGAAAGUAUAUAUUAUCAUGGUGCUACAAAUGAUUUAGAAAAUGCUGUAUAUAAGGAUAUUUCAUGUGACGAUAACAAUAAACAUUCGCCUCAAAGUGUUAUAAAGACCGACAAAAGUACUGCUACAAUAUCACAAACUUCAUUGAAUCAAACUAAUGACUCUAUUGCAACUUCCAAAAAUGCAAUGAAUUAUUACCAAAAUAUUAAACCAUGUUUUGUGAAGUUAGAUACUCAUGCAGUCCAGAAUUGGUAUAUAUCGAAUCAUGAGAAAACUAUGAGGAAUAAAGAAAAUAUAAAGUAUUCCUAUACAAAUCCUCUACAGACUAUCAAAAAUGCUUUUAAGGUGCAUAACAUAACUUCACAAUUAAUAUCAAUUGAUCAUAAUGCCUCUGGAACUUUGAACCAUAUGCUGAUUAAACCAUCUUCUGUAGUAUUAUGCGAUAAUGUUUUUAAGAAAUGCAAAGAAGAAAAUAGAAAUAUAAACGACUUUACCAAUGAAAUAGAGGAGACAAAUGCUUCGCACUUAACUUUUGGACAUAAUUUGUCUAAAAUUGUCUCUCCAUGCAAUACUAAUACUGAUAACAUGAUAUCUAAUAGAAAAAGAAACAAAGCAUAUUUAAUAAAAGAUCGUUUUAUAAAAAUGGAGAGAUUAAAAAUAAGAAAAUUUGUCCAGGAAAAAGUUACGUUGUUGAAUGAGAAAGAGGAAUAUAUGGUUUCCAGUACUCCGAUCAGCAAAUGUGUAAAACCUGCUCAUUUGAUACUACUGUCUCCUAUCGAGAAUAUUCAUGAGACACGAAACUCGAGAUAUGAAAAUUCAGCAAUUAUAAAGGAAAAUACUCCUAUCAUAUUUACCGAGCAAAAAAAUGGUAUUCAUUCAUUGGUUACAUCCGAGUGCUACAAAAACAAUAUUUCAGAUAUGCUGGAACAGCAAACUGAAGUUUUGUCGUCAUCUCAAAAAUUAGUAGAUCCUGCUGUUAAAGUCGAAAUAAUAUUCUCCAAGGAAAAUAAAUCAUCUCUUAUGCAAAAAUAUAAUGAAAAAAGCGAUAUAAUAACAGAAUUUCCACAUUCUUUAAACAUAUCUGCAGAUACUGAUCAGUCGCGAUCAUUAUUUGACGACACGAUACAUAACUGUAAUUAUUCGACAGAACAUAUUAUAGAAAGUAAUACAGAAAAGAAAUGUAUUCGAGAGGUACUAGAAAAAAAACCUAUGACAAUUUCAAAGAUAGUAUCUUCAUUACAUUUAUCCACUGAUUCAAAUUUAAAAGAAGAGAAAGGUCGCUUGGGAUAUGUAACAUCUCCUAAAAUACGCACUUCGAUUAAAGAAAUAAUUGAAGAUUUAAACAACAUUGUAUGUACAAAACAAGAAUAUAAAGGUCAAGAGAAGCAAAGUACAGAAAUGAAUCUUAUGAAGUUAAUUUGCAGAAAAUCUAGCAAUGCAACUGCUGAUAACAAAGAUAAUUCUCUCAGUAAAAGUCAAGAUAAAUUAUCUAUCGACGGCGUUGAUGUUCAUGCGCUGCUUAUAAAAUUGCAAGAUCCAAUCAGAAUUACAAAAAGAAUGCAAUAUUCUGAAUGGCAUUUGAGUAUAUCAAAUAUAUCAAAAAGCUUGAAUAAUAGAUCUACAUUGUUUGAUAAUGAGAUAUUCCAUCACAUCGCAACUGAUGAUUGUUCUUGUAUUCUAUCAAUAGAAAAUAAUUUGGAGCAUUCUAAAAAUGCAAUAAAUUCAUCUUUUGACUAUCCUAAAUUUCUCGAUGACGCAAAUCAACAACACAAUAAUAUAAAUAUGCAAAUACAAAAGACUGUGUUUCUUAAAUCGGGAAAAUGUUGGGCUAGAUCUUUGUCAAUAUUAAAUAAUAUAAAUCCUGGAUCAGAUUUAGACAAAUUAUGUGCUGGUAAAGGAAGAAAAUGGAGACAUAGUGUUAGAGAUAUAUUGGAUAUGCAGAGACAAGGAACUUCUUGGAGCUGUUUGAAAAGGAAUCAGAAUACGAACCUAUCUUGUGAAGGGUUCGAUAUAUCGAUUACGUCAUCGUUGGAUAAAUGUAGAACAUUUAAUUCAGUAAACCAUGGUAGAUUAUCCAAAAGAAUUUCAAUGCGAGUUGUAUCUAAUAAUAACACAAAUAUUAAAUGUGAUGUUAAAGAUCCAUUCCUCGAGGUUUUUGGAAUAACAGCAAAGGAUUCAUUUUUAAAAUCGAAAGUAUUACAUGAAAAUAAAUCGAUACACAAUGUCGAAUAUGACGGCAAAGACCGAAAUUUUGAAAGUCACCCAGCAACUGCAAAAGACAUUGUAUUAAAACGGUGUUCACAGAAACACUACCUGCUUUUCUCAGAAUGUUUUCCAGACUCAUAUUUGAAGCAUUGUCGUAAAAUUGGCGAAGGUGUUUACGGAGAAGUCUUUUUGUAUGAACGUGAUGAUGAAAAAUCAGUUAUAAAAAUUAUUCCUAUAGAAGGGGAAAAAUUGGUAAAUGGAGAACCGCAAAAAAAAUUUAAUGAAAUAUUAUCAGAAAUUGUGAUUGCAGAGGAAUUACAUAAUAUGAGAUUACAUUCUACAUAUAAUACUAGUGCAUUUGUAGAAGUUCGAAAUAUUAGAUGUAUUAUAGGUAAAUAUCCAGGGAAACUCAUAAAACUAUGGAAUAUUUAUGAUGACGAUAAAACAUCUGAUAACGAUUGCCCGUCAAUGUUUGAGGAACAUCAGUUAUAUAUCGCACUUGAACUUGGUUACGGUGGCGAAGAUCUCGAAGCUUUUGCUUUUCAAACUGCGGAAGAGGCUUAUGCUGUCUUUUUACAGACCGCAUUAGCAUUAGCGGUAGCAGAAAAAGCAUUCGAAUUUGAACAUAGAGAUUUGCAUUGGGGCAAUGUAUUAAUAUCAAAAACUGAAGAAUCAUAUAUAUAUUAUAAUCUUGAUGGGAAAAAAAUAAAGUUUCCUAGCAAUAAAGUAAAGGUAUCAAUCAUUGAUUACACUUUAUCAAGAAUGUUAUACCAAGGAUAUUGCAUAUAUAAUAAUCUUGCAAUGGACCCGGCUUUAUUUAUUGCUCGUGGUGACUAUCAGUUUGAAAUUUAUCGUCUUAUGCGCGACAAAAUCCAGAAUAAUUGGCAAAAAUUUGAACCAUACACAAAUGUUUUAUGGUUACAUUACAUCUUGGACAAAAUGAUAACAACAGUAAGAUACAAAAGGAAAAACUUAAAAGCGCAUAAACAAGCUAUUAACAAAUUAAAAGAACUUAAAAAUAAAAUUUUAAAUUAUGAUAGUGUAUAUAAUUUUGUAAAUGACUCUAAUAGCGUCAAGCAAUGUAUGUUGAUAUAAAAAAUAACAUCUCUGAAAGAAAUCAAUACCAGUAAUAAAUACAUGUAUAUUAUAA